CUAGCUAGCUCUUCAUUUUAGCAUUGGAUAUGAAGGAAAAUACCAUAGACAUUGUUAUUAAACAAUUAACUUCAAAGCAAAUACAAAAAGGGUAAGACAUAACAAACUUGAGAACGAUACUCACGUAAGCCAAGAUAAUAAAUUAAUAAUGAAGAUCGAUAAGCUACAAGCAUAUACAGUCUCGGAUAUUCUAUCCUUAAGGAGCUUAACCUUUCCUUUUUCCCCUAUAAAUAAAGCCUAAACCUACUCAGCUAAAAGAAUACAAAGCUUUAAAGUCUCUUUAACCUAACCCUAGUACAUUCUCAUUAUUCCAAAGCUCAUAAACCAAUCCCCAAAGAGUUGUUGAAAAGAGAGUAACAAACAUGGAGCUCAAAUGGUCAAUAUUGAUCAAGCUUCUGAUAGUGCAAUAUCUAUCAGUUCUUUGUGUUUCACAGGAUUUUGAUUUCUUUUACUUUGUUCAACAGUGGCCAGGAGCAUACUGUGACACAAAGCAUACUUGCUGCUACCCUAAGACUGGGAAGCCUGCAGCAGAUUUUGGCAUUCAUGGACUCUGGCCUAAUUACAAGGAUGGAUCGUACCCUUCAAACUGUGAUCCAGACAGUGUCUUUGAUAAAUCUCAGCUCUCAGAAAUCAUGAGCAGUAUGCAAAAGGAUUGGCCAUCACUUAGCUGCCCAAGUAGCAAUGGCUAUAGGUUCUGGUCACAUGAAUGGGAAAAGCAUGGGACUUGCUCAGAGUCUGAACUUGACCAGCGUGAGUACUUUGAAGCAGCUCUCAAACUGAAGGAGAAAGUAAACCUCUUACAAAUCCUUAAGAAAGCAGAAAUUGUACCAGAUGAUGGAUUUUACAGCCUAGACAGCGUUGUAGAAGCCAUAAAAGAGGCCGUUGGUUUCACCCCUGGGAUAGAGUGCAAUAAGGAUUCAACUGGUCACAGCCAAAUUUACCAAAUUUUCUUGUGUGUGGACACUUCUGGAUCUGAAAUCAUUGAGUGCCCUGUCCUUCCAAAGGGCAGAUGUGCUUCAAAUGUCCAGUUUGCUAAGUUCUAGAGAUUAGAACUAGAGAUUGUGGUCGAGAAGGUAUUAUGUGCAUCCGGUAUAUUCAUCAUCUCUCUUACAACAUGUGAAUUCCACAAUUUUAAAUUGUUCACAUGAUAUCAAAGAAAUCAUGCAUAUGUCAGAUGUAUGAGAUAAUUAUUGCUAGCUAAGUUAUUUGAGGAAUAGCCCUCCUCAAAACAUUUACUUAUUAUCA